AGUUGAAUCUCUUUAGCAUUUUAUUUAAUGGCAUGAAACAUGUAUCUCAAAUUAACUUGACUCCUCACUUCUAAUACUCUUCAUUAUAUCUUCUUUGCCCACAUAUAUUCCUGGCCUUUUGCUCUACCUUUUUCACCUGAAACUUCUGCUCCUGUCAUCUUUCCAUGCUACUUAUUUUGGUUGCUUUUGAGAUAAAUUUAAUGCAGGUGAACGCAUCUUUUCAGUUAAAGUAAUGGCUACAAAGUCUUAUGUAUUGAGAUUUGAAAAUGACUUUGGAGAGAAUGAGAGAGUUUAAAGUUUCAAGGGGGGAUAUUAUUUUAAUUUCCAGUAUAUAAGGCAUUACCAUUCUAUAGUUUAGUUUACAAAAAAACAAGCAGGACUUACAUUGUUAAAUAUAAAUAUUCACAGGUCUCCUAUCUUCAAUCUGAAAUAAAUGAUAGACUUUCAACUUUCUACAAUAAUAGUAAUUGGUAUCCUAGAAUUUUUUAUAUCAGUCCAAGCUUUUUUGUACCUAGUUAUCUUAUUUUCUCAUUAAAAUAGGUACCCAAUUCUCAGUGACACAGAACAUACCAGACAUUGAGGCAUAAAAUAUAUUUCCCCUUGACUAGCUUUUAGAAUCAUUAUUUUUGUCAGCAUAUAUAUCCUACUUUUAUGUGUAUGUUUAUAUUAUAGAACAUCAUUUUUUUGGUUGGUUGGUGAUUUAUUAAUUAGUCAAUACUUAACUAUACAUAUACUAUAAAAAGAGAAUAGUUGUAGGCCAUCCAAGGAUUUAUCAUUUAAGUAGUUAAUAAGAUUUCCCUGCCUUUUGAAUAACUUUGUAAUCUCAGGACAGUCUGAGCCAAAUGAAAACACAUAAGAUAUAUAUAUAUAUAGUCAUAACAUGUUGAACCUGAUUUCACAAGUCUUGUGUUAAUAACAGUCUUAUUACCUCUAAGGGAUAUAUACACAAGGCAUGAUUAUAUUAAAUAAAUGUUUAUGGCAAUGUGACUGUAAAAAUGAAUUCCUGUAAAGUAAAUUUUAUUUUCCUCACAAUAAAACUAGAUUAAUCCCCAAGGAACAACAUUCCUUUAGGGCUUUUGUUUUUCAUUUGGAGCAUUUAAGAUAGUAGGCAUACUGGGCAUAUCAGCAAUCUGUGCCUGAUGGGAGUUGUACUUCCCAUUUAAUUUAAUUUUCCUUUAUGGCGGUAUUUUGUAGCUUCCUUAUAGGAGGUAUCACACUGUAGACCUGAUGUUGACUACUUCCAUGCACUUUCUGUACCACAGAAAUUUUUACAUCACUAAAAUUCUCUUGACCUUUAUAUCCAAAGCUCCCAAAACUUAACUACCUUUUUAUUUCCCUAGGCUUGGUAUCUCCUAAAUUUGGUCUGUAAUGUCUUUAUUUUUCUGGGAUAAUAUAUGAUAUAGUAUAGUCUGAAACUUUCUUAGUUUUAGUCCUCAACAAAUUUAAAAUAAAGAAAUACCCUGCUUUGUCAGUGCUAUAAUUUCUCCUUACAAACCCUUACCUUCUAUCUUAGAAUAAAUUUGAAAUGUCAGUUUCAAGGCAAAAGAGUGAUUAGGGCUAGGCAGGAAGGGGUUAAAUGACUUGUCCAGGAUCACACAGCUAGGGGAUGUCUGAGGCCAGAUUUGAGUCCAAGACCUUCCACCUCUAGGCCUGGCUCUCUAUCCACUGAGCCACCUAGCUAUCCCCCAAUACUAUAAAUUUUUAAUUCUGUUAAUUGAGUUUGCCUAAACCAAGAAUGUAUUCAUGGUAAUAAUUAGACAAGAACUGGGUCUUUAUGCUUUAUGCCUCUAUGAAAGACAUGAACCUUGCAUCAUAUUUUUAAAAAGAAACUGUGUUCAGACACAGGCAGAAAAGUAAACAAAGCAAGUCAUAUAUUAGGAGGAACAUUAGUUGAGCUAUCAAAUGGGAGUUCAAUUUGCGAAGAAAACACCAGCGCGUUGUUUAUUAUUAUUAUUAACAUCAAUGGGUGCCUUAGAACUUGUCAUUAAUGAUUUUGAUAUGCCAAAAAUGGAAGCCAUUACUGUAAAAAGGCUUCUAGAAAAAGUGAAAAAAUGAAAUGUUUAAGAGAUGAUUCUUGCCUGUGAGAAUAAUUCAAGGAGGAAGAGGCUGCCAGUAGUCCAGUUGCGGUCAUCAGUAUAUGAUGUUUCAUAUACUGAAAUGUUUCAGAAAAAAAGAGGAUUUAGUUGUUGAGGUAAAGGCAAAAAAAUGUAAAUUCACAUUGAAUUCAGUAUGCUCCCUAGAGAUCAUUUAAAAGGGGUAAUGGCUUAUGGGGAAAGACCAUCUAUCUCCAUUUUAGACAUAUAUGUCAGUCACUAAACAUUAAUUAAAUGUCUGUGAUAUGUCAGGUUCUUGCUGAUCACUGAGGAUACAGUUGCUCCCAAGAGACUUGCAGUCUAAUGGGGAAUACAACAUACAAAUAAUUAUGUCCAGUCACACUAUAUACAGGAUGACAGAUGGGAAAUCCUCAGCAGAGAAAGCACUAGAAUUAAAGAUUAGAAAAGACUUUCUGUAGAAGGAGGAUUUUGAGCUGAUAUUUAAGGGAGAAGAAGUAUUUCAGGCAUGAGAAAUGGUGAAAAUAUCCAUUGUCAAGAAAUAGUUGUCCUGUUCUAGAAAUAUCAAAAAUGCCAAUGUCACUGAAUCACAGACUUCAUGAUGAGGCUUAAAGUAUAAGAAGCCUGGAAAGUGAGGGAGGACCAAGUUAUGAAGGGCUUUGAACUUUAUAAAAAAGGUUUUAUAUUUGAUACUAGAGGUGAUGGUGAGCCACUAGGUGAUAAGUUUGAGUGAGAGGUGGUAGGGAAUUACAUGGUCAGACCUAGAAUUGAAAGGAGAGAGAUUCAUGACAGACAGACCAACCAGCAUGAAGUAAUAAGGGCCUGCAUCAGGAAAGUAUCAGUAUCAGAGGUGAGAAGAGAGCAUAUUCAAAAGAUUUUAUGAAGUUAAAAUGAUUGACAGGCCUUGGCAAUAGAUUGGAUAUGAAAAGGUGGGAUUAAGAGAGAUUAAGGGAUUGAGAGUGAAAUCUCAGUUUGAGCCUUGGUUACUGGGUAGAUGAUGGUACUGUUGAUAAUAAUAGGGAAGUUAGGAAGGAAAGGGGUCUUUGUUUUAGACAUGUUGAGUUUAAGAUAACUAUAAAUCAUCAAGUUGUAGAUAAAAGACUAGAUAUACAAAGAGUUUAGAUAAGUAGUUUGGAAUCAUUAACAUAAAGAUGAAUCCAUGGGAGCUGAUGACCAAGAAAUGCCAAACUAAAGAGUCUUAGGCCAUUGAAGUUUUUUGAACAGAAUGACAUGGCAAGAUAUGUAUAGGGAAAAUGUUUAGAAGUAAUUGAAAUGGAAAUGAGGAGAGAACAAUGACUGGAAGACCUAUUAGACUAUUGUAGUAGCCAAGAUGAAUAAAAAUGAGGUGUAAUAAUAGUGAAAGAAAUGGCACAGAGAAGUAAAAAAUACUUCAUAGGUAAAAUGAGUUCCAUAUGAUAAGUGGAAAUGAAAGUUGAGGGAAAAGGAAGUUAUACAAUACGAAGAUUCCAAAUAAGUCACACUGAAUGAAUGGUGACACCACUCCCAGAAACAAUGAAGUCAAAAAGAGGAAUAGGUUUGGAGGGGAAGAUUAUGAACUCAAGCCUGAGUUUUAGAGAUGUGAAUCUUGAACUGGCAAGCGAGGUUGAAGUUAGAAACAGAAAAUUGACAAUCAUUUGUUUAUCAGUGGAAGCUGAAGUCAUGGAACUAGAAUGGAGGCAAUCAUCAAUGCCAGUUUCUCCAGAGAUACCAAAAAGGAAGAUGGAAUUAUGCAAUAACCAGAGUAGUCUAGUGAGUUUUCUCGGUUUCAAUAGAGAUGGUAGUGGGGAGAAGUUAAGUUUGGAAGCUGUCUUAUCCUUCUCUUAAAAAGCCUUUAGGCCCCUCCCCCUGGAGGGCCCCCGGCUGACGUCAGCUCCUGGUGACAUCAGCAGCGGCAGGUGCCCUGUGCACCCUGCUUCGUACUUCAGUCUCUCGUUCUGCGUCCGUGGGAAGGAGGUAUCAGGUGGCUGCUGCUCUGCUGGAGGAAAAAUUUUCAUUCCAAAAUGAAUUAUGGAAAUCUUCCACCCUACUCGGACCCAGGCCCAACUGCCCCACAUCCACUAUAUCCACUGCAACCUCAAGGAUAUCCUUCUUCUGGGCCUUAUCCUCCUGGGCCUCCAGGACCAUAUCCACCCCCUAAUGCAGGGUACCCUUACCAAGGCUAUCCACAAUAUGGUUGGCAGGGAGGACCCCCUCCAGAAGCUCCCAAAACUACAGUGUAUGUGGUAGAAGACCAAAGAAGGGAUGACUCAGCCCAAACUACCUGCCUCACAGCUUGCUGGACUGUUCUCUGUUGCUGUUGCCUUUGGGACAUGCUCACUUGGCCAGCCUCAACCUCCCCUUACUAGAAGGCUUUGUAUCCUCCACUGAUUGAUGGGAGUUCUGAUUCUUGAUCUCUUUCUAUUGCUAUAAUGAAUGACUAGUUCUGCACAGAUAUCUCAACCACAACAGUGAUGAAAUCCUAGAUUAGUAGUGAUUUUUUUUUUGGCUAUUUAAUUUUAGUGACACAAUCUUUUUAACGUUCAUUUUCUAAUUUUCUUGUCAUACUUUAAUAAUGUGCUAAAUGAUUUUUUGGCCAAAGGCUUGACUAUGAAAUUUAUAUUUACCAUAUUAAAUUGCACUUUUUGUGGUGGUGGCAAAUAUGCAACAAACAAGCCACUGGAUGAUUUAUUUCCUAAUUCUCUGAUUGUUUCACUACUCCCUUUGUCAAUAAACGUUUCAAAAGUAAAAAAAAAAAGCCAUUAGUUUGUGUGGAAAAAGUCAUAGUUCUCAGAAUUUUAAAUACUGUACUUGGGUACUUUUCAUCAGUUCUGAGGAACAAAAGUAACUGUUUUCCUAUUUAGAACCAGGAAUGAAUCUGUUUAUAUAUAAAUGGUAUAAACACUUUCAUGGUGAUUACCAGUUGUUGUUUUUUUUUUUAAUGAUGAAUUCAGAGGAAUAGACUAGAAUGAAUUGCUCAGUUGCAAUAUGCAUAAAAUUACAGACUGAGUCAUAGCUUUUCUUGAAUGGGAUUUCAUUUUAUUGGUUUUAAUCAGCAACACUUCAUUACCCUGAAGAUGUUCUAUUUUUUUUCUAACUACCUUAUCCUGUGGUGAACAUAAUUUUAAAAUUAAUAUUAUUUAGUUAAAUGUCAGAUUUAGCAGAAAGAUUUUACCAACUUGAAGUCACAGAGCUUUAACAAACUAUUCUUGGGUAGAGGGUACAAAAGAUAAAAUAUGUCAUGCAGCAGGGUGUUUUUCCUACUGCAUUAAUUCUUUCUAUUCAGUCAUAAAAACAUAACAUUUUGUUCAGUGAGCUAUAGUUCAAUUACUUAUAGAGCUUUUCUUUAAAGUCCAUCUAUGGUGUAUACAUGAUUACCCAUUUCAUUUUCAAAGUAGACAUUCAUUGGUUAUCUAACAGCAGUGUGAAAUUAAAUUAUAUCUCGACUAUAGUUUGAUGCAACUACACUUAGUCCUGAAGCUCUUUGGGCUACCAUUAGCGUGCCUAUGUGAGAGUGGGUUUGUAUCUUGCUUGUGGAUCACUGAUAAGAUUUAAAUGACUACUACUGAAAGAUUCUUGCUCUGGGGCACAGGAUUCAAUAGAAAUUCAUUUAUUUAGGUUGUGUGUGGUAUUGAAUGACUUAAACUGAAGGUAGAAUACAGUCAUUCAUAUGUAAAGGUUGUUCUUCCUGGGAGCUUGCCACAGUUUGAUAAGGGGAAAAAAAAAAGCUGUUGUCAUGUAUAUAUGAGCCUUCCAAAAAUUGCCAACACAGAUAUUGCUUCUUAUACUGCUUUCCCUGUGCAUUAAGAAAUACAUUCUCAGUGAAAGUCUUUUAAUCUAAUUGUGAAGUGAUUGUUGUUCUGCCUCAAAGAUAACUCCUGGAAUCCAAUGAUGUGUUUUCUUGUAAAAAUGCAAAUUACAUUAAUGUUACUAUUUCAUAUCAGAUGGGUUAACUUCUGCCAGUAGUAAUCAAAAGCAUAGAAUUUCAAGCUUGACUUGAACAACAUUUCAUAACUUCUGAUUCUUAUCGUCUUUAUUCUACCUCUCUACUCUGAACCCAUUUUAAAGCAUACAACUUAUAAUAAGGUUAGCAUAAUACAUUUUUAAAAUCUAGUUUCUCAGGUUAGCUACGCAUGUUUGGAGCAGUUCAGUUCUGUAGUUUUGUGUCAAGGGAAGGUUAAAAGGCUUUAUAACCAUAAACAUUCCCUGUCUGUCCCCCUUCCCUGCCCCAGUCUAUUAUUUUGUCUCAUAAAGAUGAGUUAGAAUAGGCCAUAUGCAGAGUCAGUAUGUAACUGACCACUCUCAUUAAUAAAAAGGCUGCUUUUAAGUCUUGAUUUUUUUUUAAAGCUUAAAUAGUCUAGUAAAAAGAUUAUCAUAAUUGUAUUAGUAUCAAAAUGUUUCCAUGGCCUUUGGCAUGUAACCAAUUUUAUAGGAAGUAUAUAAUUUCUAUUUUGGAAAUCAAGCUCAUAUAAUUUCUGGUAAUGCUAAGGAGUUUAAUGUGUUAAAUAUUUAAGGGAUUUUCUUCCCCU